AUGGAGCGAGGAGGGGAGAGUCCCAUCACCCAGGACAGUCCUGAGCGGAGGGGAGGCAGCCCGGACCUCAGCGGCCUCCCACCGCCAGGGAAGAAGGGCCGGUUGGAGCUCAAUGGGAGCCCCACUGGGCCGCGCAUACGCCACAACGGAGCCCCACUAAGACCUCUCGGAGGUCUAAUGAUUCCAGUCUUCUGUGUGGUGGAGCAGUCGGAUGGAGGGAUUCAGGCAGACAGAUGUGAGGGAAGAGAGGAGCAUGCAGAGUUUGUCCUGGUCAGGAAGGAUAUUCUCUUCUCUCAGCUGGUGGAGACGGCUCUGCUCGCCCUCGGCUACUCCCACAGCUCAGCAGCACAAGCCCACGGCAUCAUCAAGGUGGGAAGGUGGAACCCGCUGCCCAUCCACUUCCUGACUGACGCACCAGAAGCUACAGUUGCUGACAUGCUAAUGGAGGUCUACCACAUGGUCACACUACGCAUCCAGCUACAAAGUUUUUCAAAGCUGGAGGAUCUGCCCUGCGAACAGUGGAACCACGCGACUGUCAGGAACGCUCUCAAAGAGCUGCUGAAGGAAAUGAACCAAAGUACUCUGGCCAAAGAGUGCCCUCUCUCACAGAGUAUGAUUUCCUCCAUAGUGAAUAGUUCCUACUAUGCCAAUGUCUCCACCGCCAAAUGCCAAGAGUUUGGUCGUUGGUACAAGAAGUAUAAGAAAAUCAAAGUAGACUAUCUGGAGAAGAUGUGGUCUGGACGAGAUGCUACUGAAAUCAAAAUAGAGAGAGACAACAUGGCAGACUUCUGUGUGCUGGGUCAGAGACCUCCUCCUCACUUGACCGGCCUGGCCCAGCUCAGUCACCUGGGGGCCGGCAGUCCCCUCCUCAAGCCUUCACCCCAUGGCCCCCUCCACCACAGCCCUCCUCUCCGUACGGGCCAGGUGCCUCCUCCGCCACCACCACCCCCGCCUGGAGCCCUGCAACCCUUGCUGGGGCCAGGUGGGCUGCUCUCCCCACAACUCUCCCCACAGCUGGUGCGUCAACAGCUCGCCAUGGCUCACCUCAUCAAUCAGCAACUAGCCGUUAGCCGCCUGCUAGCCCAUCAGCACCCCCAGGCCCUCAACCAGCAGUUCCUCAACCACCCGCCCAUCCCUCGGGGUUCAUCCAAAGUUGGCGGCGACCAUCCCGGGAGCAACCCCUCGGCCGCUGAGGUCUCCUCUGAAAUCUACCAGCAGGUCAGAGACGAGCUGAAGAGAGCUAGUGUCUCCCAGGCCGUGUUCGCCCGUGUGGCUUUCAACCGCACACAGGGCUUGCUGUCAGAGAUCCUGCGGAAGGAGGAGGACCCCCGCACAGCCUCGCAGUCUCUGCUCGUGAAUCUGAAAGCGAUGCAGAACUUCCUCAACCUGCCUGAGAGCGAGAGAGACCGAAUCUACCAGGAGGAGAGAGAGCGCACCAUGAACCCUUCGGUUGGUCUUCCUGCCUCCAACUCCUCCAGCCCCGGUGCUCCACGCCUCUCACAGCCAAAGCAGUCCUGCCCGGCACCUGACCUCCCGCUGAAGCUGGAGUCGCUGGUCAACAUAACGUCAGGCAUUUAUGACGAAAUUCAGCAGGAGAUGAAGAGAGCCAAGGUGUCCCAAGCUCUGUUCGCAAAGGUGGCUGCCAACAAGAGCCAGGGUUGGCUGUGUGAGCUGCUUCGGUGGAAGGAGAACCCCAGCCCAGAGAACCGCACUCUGUGGGAGAACCUGUGCACCAUCCGGAGGUUUCUGACCCUGCAGCAGGCCGACAGAGACCUGGCAUACGAGGAGGAGUCAAGACACCAUCACAACGAGAGGCUGCACACCGUCCUCCACCUGCCGCAGGACACACAGCUCUUUUGUCUUUCUCGCCAGGCACUCCACAGGCCACCUCCACCGCCGAUGAAGGAGCACCGCCUGUCUCCAAUGCGCGAGGAGCAGUCAUCUGCCCCGGUGAACGAGGAGGGGUCACAGAAUGUGGGAGCAGGAGCUGCAGGCGGAUGUCCACCUGGCACUGUUGGCAAUACUGGGAGCAACAAGAAGCCACGAUCACGCACUAAGAUUUCCCUGGAGGCCUUGGGUAUCCUGCAAAGCUUCAUCCAGGAUGUUGGCCUGUACCCAGACCAGGAGGCCAUUCACACCUUGUCAGCACAACUUGACCUGCCCAAACACACCAUCAUCAAGUUCUUCCAGAACCAGCGCUACCACGUAAAACAUCACGGCCGCCUCAAAGAGCUGGGUGAGGGGGCCGCUGCCAGCGGAGGUGUGGAUGUCAGCGAAUACAGAGAAGAGGAGCUGCUUUCGGGCUCAGAGGACCCAGAGUCUAGUGAGGACGGAGCUGAGGACAUCUACCAGUCUACAGAGGGGAAUGGAGGGAGUACAGGGGGGCUGAACCAGCUUCCAGCCUCCUCCAGCUCCAACUCCAGCCAGUCAGGGACCAACGCUGCUCAGGAAGAAGGCAAGGACAAGGGGCAUGGCCGGCCUGGUGGCUCUUUGGCCCCCGGGAGCUCCUCAUCCAGUCCUAGAGAGCAGGCUGACUACCAGAGGUAGAGACUCACAAACAGAGACGAGGAGGAGGACCGAGAAAAUGAGAGAGGGAGAGAAAACAAGAUAAAGAAAUGGUCUAUGAUAAUGAAGCGAGGAACUGUUCAUGAAUUGAUGGAGGGCAGCUGCAAAGAAACUGGGAUGAAAUACUGUACAUCACUGAAACGACCAGACAGAUUCUUUAUAGUGACAGUCUAAGACAGACAUCGAGUUGUGGAGUGAUAUUACCUCAGCAAAAGAGAGCAGGUUCACAGAGUGCUGUGACACAGCAGUGGUUGUGUAACUGUGAAAGAAAGUUUUUUUUUCCCAAAAACAUUUAAAUAAUUCACUCGCUAUCUUUCAUUAACUGGUAAAGCUAUUGCUGCUCAUGCCUCCAACCGACAGACAGACACAAACACAAAACUAAAUCUCCACUUGUCAACAGCCGAAAUCAUCACAGAACUUUCUCCUAAUCAAGACACUUGGCAGAAAAGACACGCGGAUUGGGCCAGAAAUAUCUCUCAUUCUUUAUCUCUGAAGUUUGAGUGCAGUCACAUAAGACAUACUCUCUACAUGCUGGGCUGAAUUUGCCCCGCUGAGUGACGUUUAUAGACUGGAUCCCGGGGCCUUCCGAGACCUCUACAAUCCUAUAUAUCCUCAGGACACACACUGAUGUUGCUAAUGCUGUUGCCUGCCUGAGAGCGUGGAUAGUUGGCAUUCGCUCUUCUUCUACUCUGCUUCAAUUCACUGUGGAAAAAGGAAAUUACCACCCCCCAUCCUGCCCUCGCCUCACCAUCACACUCCACAAUCACUACCAGUCCUAUCUAGCACUUAACUUUUCACAAAGACACUGACAUUUUGUGGAUGUGAUGUACUCUUGCCACCCUCCCUCCGUCCCUCCCUCCUCCGUCUCUCCUUCCAAGGCUCACAAACACUGUGAGGUUUAAAAAUGACAGUGGACAGUUUGGCAGGAGGACAGUGGACAACAUCAAGAGGAUGUGGCGUGGAGGGACACUCGGUACCCACGACUCUGAACCCUUCCUGGCACCACCCAUGUAUGUGUGGCGAGAAAAAUGUCAAAAAAGGAAGGACAGAGCGGAGAUUCAGCAACCAAACAAUCAGUCACUUUAUGUGCGGUAGUCCACCCCUUCCACUCUUCCUCUCCUCUCUCCAUCUCACUCUCUCCCCCUUUAAAUCUCUCUAAUUGGUGCCCACAGUCUUGUGUUUCACCACACCUACCCGCACUUAAACUUCACCGACCCUAUUUAUUGCUAUCUUUAUCCAUGAUUAUUAUUAUUAUCAUUAUUGUUAUUAUUGUUGUUAUUAUGGUUAGAAUUGCUGUCAUUGCGUGUUAUUUUUAGUUUUUAUUUCCAUGGUUUUAAAUAUUGGUUUGUCAGA